AUGAGGGUAACAGGUUGACACAGUGCUACAGAGCCAGACGAGGGUAACAGGUUGACACAGUGCUACAGAGCCAGACGAGGAUAACACAUCGACACAGUGCUACAGAGCCAGAUGAGGGUAACAGGUUGACACAGUGCUACAGAGCCAGACGAGGGUAACAGGUUGACACAGUGCUACAGAGCCAGAUGAGGGUAAUGGGUUGACACAGUGCUACAGAGCCAGAUGAGGGUAACAGGUUGACACAGUGCUACAGAGCCAGACGAGGGUAACAGGUUGACACAGUGCUACAGAGCCAGACGAGGGUAACGGGUUGACACAGUGCUACAGAGCCAGACGAGGGUAACGGGUUGACACAGUGCUACAGAGCCAGACGAGGGUAACAGGUUGACACAGUGCUACAGAGCCAGACGAGGGUAACGGGUUGACACAGUGCUACAGAGCCAGACGAGGGUAACGGGUUGACACAGUGCUACAGAGCCAGACGAGGGUAACAGGUUGACAAAGUGCUACAGAGCCAGACGAGGGUAACAGGUUGACACAGUGCUACAGAGCCAGACGAGGGUAACGGGUUGACACAGUGCUACAGAGCCAGACGAGGGUAACAGGUUUAGUCCAGGCCUCUCUUUAUUUUCCCUGCUGUUUAUGGACAAUCAGGGUGAUGUUUGUUGAUGUACAGUAUUAGGACUUUGAUUCGCAUGGUUUUAUUCCGGUCACAUUUUCCUCUCUGUUUGGCCUAUGCAGCUCUGUGUGCCUGGGAUUCUCUCAAUCUGUCUUCAGACAGAGGGUGGUGUCGCUCUCAGAGGGAGUUUUCAAGCAAUGUAAUAAGAGUGUUCUACUUUAAUGGGUGAACUGUUCACUGUGUUCAACAUGUAUUUUAUUUUAGUAAGACAUCCUUGGCGGACCAUAUUGUAUGUGGUGUGCCAGUUAGCUAAUGCUAAUGCUAGGCUAAUUGUUUAUAGCUUAGUGGCUAAUUCUAUUUCAGUAGCUGCAUGACCUCUCUUUAGCUAGCUAUGUAGGUCUCCAGACAAAUAGAUGCAAAACACUCGCCACUUUACAUGCCCUAUGUAAGUAUGAUACGGUCAGUUUAAAAUAAGUAAACUAGGUCACUAGCCACCUAAAAAACAUGCCCCUGUUGACACUGUAUGUAAAAUAACCUCAUCAACAAGACCUUGGGGUGGUAAACUGAGAGAGCCAUUAUUCAUUCCAUGAUUGAGUUAUUCAAGAGAAAUCUCCAGAAAACAGAUGUUUGAAGAUGGAUGAUCAUGUCUUUGCAGCAAUAAGUGGACCCAUUUCUUUUUCUGCUAUAGUACUGAACAUUGUCUUUGCCUUUUGUCUCCUGUGUCCUCCAAGUGUGCAGGGGGUGAACCUUCAGCAGCCUCUACAAGUCCUCCUGGUUUCUACAGUGGUGUUUAGUUUUAUCCACCAAACAACGAUAAUGUUCUUUGUUUGUCAAGUUGCCAUCACUCCUUUUGUCUAUGGACUUUAUUUGACCCUGAAGCAAUUGUUCUACUUCACCAAUGUGGUCAACCUGUCUUCAGUGACCUGGAUCAGCAUCCUGUACUACAUCAACAUUGUGCCAAACAACGGACAACUUUUCAUCUGGAUAAAGAGACACAUCAAGAACGUGGUGUACUUUGGUCUCGUUGCGGACAGGGGUAUUGUUCUAACUGCAGGGGUAUUGGACUAUGUGUCAACACUCAGGCCAGAAGAACAACCCUUGAAUUCGUCGUCCUCUUUCAACGUCACUGCAGAAUUUGGGAGCGAUAGGGAUGUAUUUUUCUAUCUGGGGAAAAUAUGCACCGCAAUAUAUUUAUUUCAUCUCCUCAUCUCCUUUGGGACUAUGAUUCUGUCUUGGAGCAGCACCUACAUUUACCUGCGAAGGCACAUGAAGAGGAUGGAGGAGAGUAGCAGUUCUUUCUCCCAGCCCCAGCUACAGAGCCAGAUGAGGGUCACUGUAACAGGUUUAGUCCAGGCAGCGCUGUUUGUCCCCUACUGUCUGUUAAUAAUUACUCUGGUGGUAACUCACAGUCUGCCAGGUUAUAAUAACUUUGAUCCCAAUGAUAACAUCCAGACUACAGUUUCCUCUCUGUUUGGCCUAUGCAGCUCUGUGUGCCUGGGAUUCUCUCAAUCUGUCUUCAGACAGAGGGUGGUGUCUCUCUCAGAGCGAGUUUUCAAGCAAUGUAAUAACCUUAAUGGGUAAAUGUUUUGUGUUCUAUUUUAAGAAUAUAAUUUCCAUUACUCUAAGUGGCUGUUUCCCGGACACCGUUUAA